AGUGGUUAUAACACGGACGGAGCGGGCGAGGAGGCCGGGGGGUUGUAUGACCUGCCAGCACAAAGGGAGAAGAAGAAGACGAAGCGGGGCGGUGGGUCCUUUUCCGCAUUCGUCGAAAAGAGGACUUGGAAACAGAAAAACACCAUUUUCGGAAGCAGAAGAACCAGCAAGAAGCCGAGUGGUAAAGAGCAAGAGCGUAUGCAUCGCAAGUAUGUCUGGGUCUGGAAACUUGUGAUGCUACAGUGUGGAUGAUGGAAACACUUCCGAAUGCAGCCAAGCAUAAGAACACUCCAGAACGCUUUCUCAUGCGCAGCCCGCAUGAGAAACUGCGUUUUUGUAUGACAGAAUAGGCUGCGGCUUUUGUUGGUCAUGCAACACGACAAAUCCCACAGGAAUGUAAGACCAGCAUUACAAGUUCGAACUUCCCCCCAGACACAGACAUAUUCGCAGUGGAUAGAGCGACGUGGCAAAAAUCGGCACCAUGAGCACCACCGCAGAAAGAGCAGAAAGGGGAAAAGGACUAUUGUAAGGAAAAAUGCUCCCAUCCCAGAACUUGGAAGCAUUUGUAUUGCAAACUCUUCCAAUGGAAAUAUUUGCCCUCUUGCAUGUAUCAGCAUCACAAUCGUGAAUAAAGCAACCUCUUGCAUGUAUUUUCAAUCGUGAAUAAAGCAAAAAUUUGCAUUGCAAAAGACCCCAGCAAGAGCACUGCUUGUCAUGCAAGCGAUGCUGUAUACCUAUACGACUAAAAUCUGCAUCAGAAAAAUUCAUAGUCCUUUCAUUGGCAAAAAGUUUUCAUUUGGAAACUUCGCAUCACAAAUUGUCGCAACUUGCGGGGUGGGGGCAUUUUUCACUGCAAUAAGGCCUGCCGGAAGUUCCUCCCGAGACCGGCGUGGCAGCAGAAGCCGACGAGAGGGGGAUUCCCGUCGAGAGCGCGGGCGUACAAGCCGACCUUCUGAGCGGCGGAGAAAGCUGCGGCCCCCGCCGGAUAAGAUUGCGCUAG